GUCUUAUCCCAUCGCAUCUCGCCCCGGCCGAUAAAGGGAGAAAUCUCCGGAAAAGAAAUAGGAGAAAAAUCGGCCCAGAAGACCCCUUCUCGUUUUGAUCUUCGCUUGAGGUGCGGACCCUGUAACUAGCUUCUCUCUAUCGGAGGAUGGGUUUCGAGAUCGAUUCCGGUGGAUGAACGGAAAGGCGCGGAAGAAAUUGGGGAUUUUGCGUCCUGUCUCUUUCUCUUGCGGAGUUUUCCUGGCGGUUUCAGCUACGGUUGCUGCGGAAUUUCUCUCUGCGAUGGGUUGCCAGUUCGAUUCUGGGGGUUGAAGAAUAGGAGGGAGAAAUAGGCAAGUUUGCGCAGUUUCUUUGUGUUUAUUUUUUGUUUUGUGGUUAGGCGAAGUAGCUCUAAUGGGUAUGCAGAUCGAUUCCGGCGGUUGAAGGAGUUGGGGAAAGCGAGGAGUAUCGUGGAAUUUUUCGUAAGCUCUUUUAUAGAUUUGGUGUUUUGAGGGGAUCUUUUAUAGCAUUCCAUGGCUAUUGGGGUUGAUUCUGGAGGUUGAGGAGGGAGGUGGUGUUUGCACAUUUCUCUAGUGGGAGAGGAAAGUGGAGGAGCGGGAGGAGGAAGAAGAGGAAAGAGGGAAGUUAUGGAGUGGGACAGCGAUUCUGAGAUGAGCGGUGACGAGGAAGGGUUUCUGCUGAAUGAUGGAGGCCCGCUUCCUAUCUCAUUCGGGAGUCUGGUGCAGUCAGCACCGUGCGGAUUCGUCGUUACAGAUGCAUUGGAGCCUGACCAUCCGAUUAUUUAUGUGAAUUCUGUGUUCGAGCUUGUUACUGGUUACAAGGCCGAGGAGGUUAUUGGCAGAAAUUGUCGGUUCUUGCAGUACAGAGGACCAUUUGCUCAAAGAAGACAUCCAUUGGUGGAUUCCACAGUUAUUUCAGAAAUCCGUAAGUGCCUCCAGGAGGGUAUUCCUUUCCAAGGUGACCUGUUGAAUUUCAGAAAAGAUGGCUCCCCCCUGAUGAACAGAUUGCGAUUGCAGCCAAUAUAUGGAGAUGAUGAUGUGAUAACUCAUAUAAUUGGCACACAGUUCUUUACUGAGGCCAACAUAGAUUUGGGCCCAUUACCUGGUUCUGUUGCCAAGGCUUCUGCAAGGACCUAUGACCGUAACACAUCGGAAACUUUUUAUAGACCUGUCUCUGUGGGCCAUGGAACACAUGGAACUAUUUGCCGUGAGUUCUGUGGCAUUCUUCAGCUGAGUGAUGAGGUGAUAUCCCACAAGAUCCUAGCAAGGCUAUCCCCAAGAGACAUUGCUUCUGCUGGUUCAGUUUGCAAGCGGUUUUAUCAGUUGACAAAGACUGAGGACUUGUGGAGAAUGGUUUGCCAGAAUGCAUGGGGCAGUGAGACUACACGUGUAAUAGAGACUGUGCCAGGGGCGAAGAGGUUGGGGUGGGUCCGUCUUGCAAGAGAGCUAACUACACUCGAGGCCGCAGCGUGGAGGAAGCUAACUGUUGGCGGUGCAGUUGAGCCUUUUCGUUGUAAUUUUAGUGCCUGUGCAGUUGGUAAUCGGCUUGUUCUUUUUGGUGGCGAAGGGGUGAAUAUGCAGCCUAUGAAUGACACUUUUGUGCUAGACCUGAAUUCAAGCAGCCCUGAGUGGAGACAUGUGAAAGUCAGCUCUCCACCUCCUGGUCGCUGGGGUCAUACAGUCUCAUGUUUGAACGGGUCUUGGCUGGUAGUCUUUGGAGGCUGUGGAAGACAGGGUUUGCUUAACGAUGUGUUUGUCUUGGAUUUGGAUGCGCAGCAUCCUACUUGGCGGGAAGUAUCGGUGUCUGGCCCUCCUCUUCCCAGGUCGUGGCACAGCUCUUGCACUCUCGAUGGUACCAAACUAGUAGUUUCUGGUGGCUGUGCUGAUUCAGGUGUCCUUCUCAGUGAUACCUUUCUGUUGGAUCUGACCAUGGAGAAGCCUAUCUGGAGGGAGAUACCAGCAACAUGGUCUCCACCCUCUAGGUUAGGUCACAGUCUGUCUGUGUAUGAUGGUCGGAAGAUACUCAUGUUUGGUGGAUUGGCAAAGAGUGGACCACUCCGUUUACGUUCAAGUGAUGUUUACACGAUGGACCUAAGUGAAGAGGAACCAUGCUGGAGGUGCAUUACAGGGAGUCUGAUGCCUGGUUCUGGAAAUCCUUCUGGUAUUUCUCCACCACCUAGACUUGAUCAUGUAGCAGUUAGCCUUCCUGGUGGACGAAUUCUGAUCUUUGGAGGUUCAGUUGCGGGUCUUCACUCUGCUUCUCAGCUUUAUCUCUUGGACCCAACAGAGGAAAAGCCUACAUGGAGGAUAAUGAACGUGCCGGGCAGACCACCCAGAUUUGCUUGGGGUCAUAGCACCUGCGUAGUUGGAGGCACAAGGGCUAUCGUUCUUGGUGGUCAUACAGGGGAAGAAUGGAUGCUGAGUGAACUGCAUGAAUUGUCUCUGACUAGCUACGAGGGUGAGGAAAAGAACAGAGACUAGUGAUGGUGUAUUGUAUUUGAAGCGCUCUAGAUCUGUGAUGAAUCUUGUGUCAUUUGUGAUUUCUGUAUCGGAACUCAUGACAUUUAUUUGGUGGUGGUCAUGGUCUUUGGAAGCAGUAGCAUGACACCAGGCUGGAGUGGGAGUCAGGUAAGUGUAGGUUAAAACGAGUAAUGGAUUUUGUUGUUGGUUCAUUUCUUUCUCGUCUUCUCCCUUCAAUUCCUCUUCAUGACGUUGUUAUGAAUCAAGCGUGUCUGUAAAUAGUAUUAUUAUUAGACUUUGUUGCCGCUUUCUAACAGAUGCAUCUUUGGUGUAGUCUGUGUCCGUCUCAUAUGUAGAGGAGGCAGAGAACAGACAAGCUUGGUCUGGUCGCCAUUGUUUUUUUGUUUCUCUUUUUAAAUUUUCUUCUUUUCCCUUUUCUGUUUUUUCCUUGUUCCGGUUGCAGAAUAUGCUACUCUGUUAAUGUACCUUGUUCUAGCUA